AUGGCCAAGAAUCCUCCAGAGAACUGUGAGGACUGUCACAUUCUAAAUGCAGAAGCUUUUAAACCCAAGAAGAUAUGCAAAUCACUUAAGAUUUGUGGAUUGGUGUUUGGUAUCCUGGCCUUAACUCUAAUUGUUUUGUUUUGUGGGGGCAAGCACUUCUGGCCAGAGACACCCAAAAAAACAUAUGACAUGGAGCACACAUUCUACAGCAAUGGAGAAAAGAAGAAGAUUUACAUGGAAAUUGAUCCUAUGACCAGAACCGAAAUAUUCAGAAGUGGAAAUGGCACUGAUGAAACAUUGGAAGUACAUGACUUUAAAAAUGGAUACACUGGCAUCUACUUCGUAGGUCUUCAAAAAUGCUUCAUCAAAACUCAGAUCAAAGUAAUUCCUGAAUUUUCUGAACCAGAGGAGGAAAUAGAUGAAAAUGAAGAAAUUACCACAACUUUCUUUGAACAGUCAGUGAUUUGGGUCCCAGCAGAAAAGCCUAUUGAAAACCGAGACUUUCUUAAAAAUUCCAGAAUUCUGGAGAUUUGUGAUAAUGUGACCAUGUAUUGGAUCAAUCCCACUCUAAUAGCAGUUUCAGAAUUACAAGAUUUCGAAGAGGAUGGUGAAGAUCUUCACUUUCCUACCACCGAAAAAAAGGGCAUUGAACAAAAUGAGCAGUGGGUUGUUCCUCAAGUAAAGGUGGAGAAGACACGUCACACCAGACAAGCAAGUGAAGAAGAACUCCCAAUAAAUGACUAUACUGAAAAUGGAAUAGAAUUUGACCCCAUGCUGGAUGAAAGAGGUUAUUGCUGUAUUUACUGCCGUCGAGGCAACCGCUACUGUCGCCGUGUCUGUGAACCUUUACUAGGUUACUACCCAUAUCCGUACUGCUACCAAGGAGGGCGGGUUAUCUGUCGCGUUAUCAUGCCUUGCAAUUGGUGGGUGGCUCGUAUGUUGGGGAGGGUCUAGUAGCA